ACCGCUCCUCAACUCCGCGGUUUCAGUCUUUCUGCAAACAAAAGAGGGGAAAAAAAAAAAAAAAAAAAACAGAAUGUAAAAAUCGUUUCCAGCCAUGGAAUUGGGCUGAAACUUUUCUCUUUACGAAGGAAAGAAAUGGAGGGUUGCUUGAUGAGAUGCUCUCAUGGCAGCGCUCUAUGGAAAACCCUCAAACCACUCCAUCUGAAGCUUCCUAGGAACUCCAUUCGUUGCUCUCCCAUGCCCAUACACUCUGUUAGAGGAGGAGGAAGAGGAUCUGCUCUCAAUCGCAAGGCCUAUGACGCGUUGUUGUUAGACGCUGGAGGCACUCUGCUGCAGUUGGCAAAGCCAGUCGAAGAGGUUUACGCUUCAAUUGGAACCCAAUACGGAGUGACUGCAACUCCACCUGAAAUCAAGCAAGGUUUCAAAAGAGCCUUUUCUGCUCCUUGGCCUCAAAAUCUUCGUUACCAGGGAGAUGGGAGACCACUGGUUAGAAUUGUUGCAAUUGGUCUCAAUAUCGUUAAUGGGUUUGGUUGGUUUUAUCAGUACUAUGCCAAAGGUGACUCAUGGCGUCUUCCAGAGGGAGCUUAUGAAACAAUGGCCCUUCUCAAGGAUGCUGGAGUUAAGCUGGCUGUUGUAUCCAAUUUUGACUCCCGCUUAAGGAAGCUACUCGAAGACCUUAAUGUUUUACAUCUGUUUGAUGCUGUUAUCAUAUCUUCAGAGGUUGGGUAUGAAAAACCAGAUGCAAACAUAUUUAAAUCUGCUUUAGAUCAAGUUCAUGUGGAUGCUGAAAAAGCUGUGCAUGUUGGCGAUGAUAAAAUCGCAGAUAAAGUUGGGGCCAAUGCCGUUGGAAUUGAUUGCUGGUUAUGGGGCCUGGAUGUAAAGACAUUUGCCGACAUUCGAAAUCGCAUUCUCAUCUCAGAGUCAUAGCUUCCAUAGAAGUAGGUAUACCGUAUACCACACUCUUGGGGACGUAACAUCCUGAAUCUAUAUUGCAAGAAUUUAGUGGUACAAUAACCUUGAUUGCUUCCAAAAGUUUGCCUUGUAUUGUAAGAUAACAUACAAUAUCACCCAAAAAAAUUGUUCAAGUCAAUUUAUAAGAUUUUGUUUUAUAUUCAA